UCACAAGUGCGGCCAAGCACCAUGCCUGAACUAGAUCAGGACGUUCCAACUGUGCAGCAACGUUUGCAUUAUAUUGGCACAUUGCUGGAAUAUCAGUGAUGUUGAUGCUGAAGAUCAAACAAAUAAGAAUCAAAACAGGGGAGCCAAGCGCUAAUGCGGGGAAGUGGAACCACAUUUUUAGUUGGAGACAUAAAUCCACGCGGCGUUAGUAGGCAUCACACACACAUAUCGCACAUAUCUAGCUUAUCGAUGACUGAACCAAACCAUUGGAUAAUUUAUCGCAACAAAAGAACAACGAAGAUCACGUUCGACCAUCCCCAAUAUCCAUGUUCACACGCAUGGUUAGAUACAAGCAAGCCAUCCAUCGCGACAGUUAUGUAAUGACUGAAAAAACGAAGGAAAACAUAAUUAUUCGCAUUUUGAGAAACCACUGUAUGAAACAAAUCGCGAAAGAGUAAAGAAGAUAUGGCUGAUCAGGCGGAAGAAGGAGAUACGCUGAGAGCCAAAUUGAAUCUGACAUUGAGGUUCACGAGGAUGUACUGGAAAAUAUUAUUUGCCAUAAUAUGGGCACUAUUUCUGCUGCCGUUCAUGUUGGCUAACAAUAUUCCGGAAGUCAGAUGCGCGUACACGGUGCUACUGAUGGCUGGCUAUUGGAUCAUGGAGUGUUUCCCUCUGGCCGUCACCUCGCUGUUACCACUGGUGUUGUUUCCAGUGUUAGGGGUAUUAAGCACGGCGGAGACUUGCAGUUGUUACAUGAACGAUACCAUAAUGGUUUUCAUUGGAGGUCUCAUCCUCGCGAUCGCCAUCGAGCACUGCAACUUGCAUUUGCGAAUCGCUCUGGGUGUAAUGAAAACAGUUGGCUGCACGCAUGCGAAAUUACUCGGCGGUUUGUGUGUCGUAACCACUUUUAUAUCCAUGUGGGUUUCGAACACAGCAGCCACGGCCAUGAUGGUGCCAAUUAUAUUUGCGGUUCUCCAAGAACUAGAACAGGCUGGCCUCUGUAAAAUUUUCGACCAGAUGCCAAUAGACCCGAACCAACCGGACCGAGAGCCAGAAUUGAAGCCGACAAACGUGACGAAGGCCUACAUGAUGGCAGCAGCGUAUUGCUCGACGUUUGGCGGCACAGGAACGCUCGUGGGCACCGGCACCAACCUUACGUUUAAGGGGAUAUACGAAAGCACUUUUCCUCUCGCCGAGGGCAUCAAUUUCACGCAGUGGAUGAUCGCCAACAUCCCUCAAAUGGCCAUCAACUCGUUUUUAACCUGGCUUUAUCUUCGCAUAGUCUUCAUGGGGUAUCUCAGACCGAAUAGCAAGGAUGCAGAACUGGCAACUAUCGGCGAAGAAGGAGAAGCGAUUACGAAUCGGGUGAUAAUAGCGAGAUACAAGGACUUGGGUAAUAUUACGUUUCACGAAACAGGAGUCGCCACCCUUUUCGUAAUCUGUAUAUUUCUGUGGUUGUUCCGAAAACCAGGCUUCGUGCGUGGAUGGUCCGAAGCGAUAACGGAUAUAGAUAUCCGGGAUUCCACGCCUGUUAUAUUCGUCUCCAUCCUCAUGUUCUUCAUCCCGAAAGAUCCGAGUUUUAUCUAUAGCUUCAGUCGAGAUCCCGAAAAGAGACCCAAAGAAAUAUCAGAAGGAUUGAUCACAUGGAACGUGAUCCAGUCAAAAAUGCCUUGGAGUCUGAUGUUCCUGUUAGGCGGUGGUUUCGCGAUAUCCAGAGGCAGCAUCGCUUCUUGUCUGGCCAAAAGAAUUGGAGGAGCUUUGGUACCACUACGAUACCUACCCUCUGAACUGAUCCUCUUUUUUGUUUCCCUGUUUAUUGGCACUAUCACGGAGUUUACUUCCAACGUCGGUAUCGCGAACAUAACUUUACCCGUUAUCGCUCAAAUGUGUGUAGCAAUGGAGAUACAUCCUUUAUAUUUGAUGUUACCAGCAACCAUAAUGUGUUCGUAUUCCUUUCGAUUACCGGUGGGUACACCACCGAACGCGAUCGUAUCGGCUGUCGGUCGGAUUCCAACUAAGUGGUUAAUGAUAGGAGGAUGUGGGCCUGCCACUUACGCGCUUAUAGUGCAAUGUGUUUGUUUCCUUGUUUGGGGCAGUUACAUUUACAAUAUCGGGGAAUUUCCAGCGUGGGCCUCGAACAUUCAACAGAAUAAUACGGAUGACAAAUGCAAAUGAUUCACAC